CGGCUAGCCAUUGAUGGACCCCGCGUACACUCAUUAAAUCUGGACUGGACCUCUCUCCACCACUCCAGGGACUGUUGUAAGGGGUGAUUACUCGGCCUUACUCCAGCCAGCCAAGCUCUGUCCGCAGAGAGCUCAGUACUGACUACUGACCAAGCAUGGAGAUCCUGCAGCACAUUUCCAGCUAACUUCUAUAAAGAGCAGAGAGCUGAUCGGCUGGACCAGUAUGCUGGGAGGGGACCCUGUGGAGGAGUGACCGGCAGCAGUUCUCAGGCUGGACGUUGUGGGACACAGUGGGUCCCAUCACCGCCAUGGAGUUUGGGAGGUUUAUUUCAAAGUACCAAAAACCAUUGCUGCUCAUCAUGAUGAUGCUCAAACUGGGUAUACUGUGCACAUCAGCAGCAGACAAGUGUCUGUCAUCCCCAUGUCAGAAUGGAGGUACGUGUCUCGACCAAAUGGGAAACUACACGUGUCUCUGCCCCAGAUGGCCAGUCCACUAUAUGGGCAAGGACUGUAGGGAGCUGUACGACCCCUGUGUCCACGAUGCCCUGUGCGCCAACUGUACCAGCAAACUGGGCACAGGAGUUUACACCUGCCACUGCCCUGACGGCUUCGCAGGGACCAACUGCACACUCAACAUCAACGAGUGUGAGAGCAACCCAUGUAAGGGGGGUGUCAGGUCCCAUUGUGUGGACAGGGUGGACGGCUACACCUGCCACUGUCCCCCUGGCUAUGGAGGAGAUCACUGCCAGGCGAGGGACUGCUCUGAGGAGCCUUGCCACAACGAUGCUACCUGUGUUGGCACACCGGAUGGUUAUGAGUGCCAGUGCGUCCCGGGCUUCCAUGGGAGGGACUGUGAGGAGAACAUGGAUGACUGUAAGUCACUCCCCUGUCAGAACGGAGCCAUCUGUAAAGACGGCGUCAACGGAUACCAGUGCUUUUGUGUGCCUGGUUUCCAAGGCUACCACUGUGACCUGGACAUUAACGAGUGUGUGUCGCGGCCGUGUGAGAACAAUGGGACCUGUGUCAAUAAGGUGGACCGCUAUGAGUGCCACUGUCUGCUAGGGUUCAAAGGUGUGAACUGUGAAGUGGAGAUCAAUGAGUGUGAGGAGCAGCCCUGCCAGAAUGGAGCCACUUGCCACGACCAUGUGGGCCUGUACACCUGUGAGUGUGUGUCCGGGUACGAGGGACAUGGCUGUGAGCUGGACAUUGAUGAGUGUGCCAGCGGGCCCUGUCUCAACGACGGCAACUGUACAGACCUGGUGAACAGCUAUGAGUGUGACUGCAACGGGACAGGCUUCACAGGAGAGCAAUGUGAAGUGGACAUCCCCGAGUGUGCUUCGGACCCCUGCCAGAAUGGAGCCACCUGCUUAGAGGGGGUCAACCAAUUCGACUGUGUCUGCUGGACAGGUUAUGAAGGGAAGAACUGCCAGGUGGAUAUUGAUGAGUGUGAGCUGGAGCCCUGUGAGAAUGGAGGAGAGUGUUUCCAGCGCUCAGAGCUGCUGCACUACAGGGUGCUGUCUGGACUGGAGGACAGGGAGUUCAACUAUGAGAAAGCAGCUGGGUUCCUCUGCCGCUGCCAGCCUGGGUUUGCUGGUGAGAGCUGUGAAGUCAACAUGAACGAGUGUGAGUCUGUUCCGUGUCAGAAUGGAGGGAGCUGUGAGGACCUGGUCAACUCAUACCAGUGUGACUGUCCACCUGGGUUCACAGGUGUGCACUGUGAGGUAGACAUUGACGAGUGUGAGAGCGAGCCCUGUCAGAACGGCGGAUCCUGCAAGGACGGCGCCAACGCCUACACCUGCCACUGUGUGAAGGCGGGUCCAGGGGAGGAGCCAUGGGGCGACCAUAACUGUGACGUCCGUCUGAUUGGCUGCAGAGAACACCUGUGUGAGAACGGAGCCACGUGUGUGCCUAUCCUAAGCCAACAAGAGCAUGGUGGGGAGGAUGGGGAUGAACAAGAGCAUGGCCACACCUGCCUCUGUCCCCCGGGCUUCACUGGGAAGCACUGCAGCAUCCCCACCACCUUCUCCUUCAACACAGAGAGCUAUGUCCUCAUCCAGCUCCCUCCUACAGCUAACAGGACCAGGAGAGAGAUAGAACCCCACCACCACCACCACCACCAUGGGAUCCACGUCCAGCUGUGCUUCAGGACCACCCUGCCUGACAUGCUGCUGUUCUACAGAGGGGCUGAACACUACUUUGUGUCCCUGGAGAUUGUGGGGGGUCACAUCCAUGCUAGAGCUGGAUCAGGGAAGAAGCUACAGGCUACCUACCAUCUCCCUGUCAAUGACGGAGACUGGCAUGAGGCCAAAGUGACCAUGGAUGAGAAGCUGGUGCUGAUGGUGAAAGGACCAGGCUGUGACAAUGACGGGGGAUGCAUGGUGGAGGAUGAAGGACACAACCAACUGAUCUUCUUCCAACCUGGAUCAUUCCCCCAGGUCUAUGUGGGGGGAGCCCCCCAGAAGUAUCUGAACAACACAGUGAGCAGGAAGGGUUUCAUUGGCUGCAUGGAGGAUCUACAGGUUGACCACCAGCUGCUACUGCCCCAGGAUAUCUCUCCAGAGCACGUCCAAGACAUGGAGCUAGGCUGCAACAAGACUGACUGGUGUCAUCCUGACCCCUGCCAUCAUCGUGGGAAGUGUAUUGACCUGUGGACUAGCUUCAACUGUGAGUGUGAUCGACCUUAUCAUGGCUCCCUGUGUAAAGAAGAAUACCCCUCAUGGACAUUCAGUAAUGAAGACACUGUGAGCUAUGCUGCCUUUAACAUCAGCCAAACGGAUGGGGAGAACUUCAACAUCUCCUUUUUCCUGCGCUCUCUGAAGCCUAGCGGCCUGCUUCUCCAGCUGAGGAGAGGGAGGAGGGCCUACCUCACCCUGUACCUGCGGGAGGGAACCCUGGUCUUCAACAGCCCCCUCACCACCCUGUUCUCUAACGGUACCUACAUCACCAGAGGACAGAGGGAGCUGGUCACUGUGGUGGUACGCCAGGGUCAUGUAGGGUUCAGUCAGGGUGGUACACAGCUCUCCCUGGGGAGGGUGAGGAUGGAGCGGGGAGACGUGGUGUACAUGGGGGGUCUGCCACCGGGGGAGUCCACUGCCCCCUGGGGAGGUCACUUCAAAGGUUGCCUGCAGGACAUCAUUCUGGACCACAUGCACCUGUACCCUAACCUCCCAGAGGAGGAGUGCCACACCCACAAAGCGUUCCAGUGCUACUUCCCAAACAAAGCUGAGAAUGUGUUGGAUGGCUGUGUCAGUGAUGAGGCAUGCAAGGCUGGUCCCUGUCAGAAUGGAGGAACGUGCACAGUCACCUGGAAUGAUUUUGAGUGCACCUGUCCCAUGAACUUCUCUGACAGGCGAUGUGAUUCACGCGUGUGGUGUAUCAGCGACCCCUGUGUCAUGGGCAGCCAGUGUGUGGAUCUAGUUGACGGUUACGAGUGCCUCACUAACGCCACCUUUGAGAGCAACACUCUGCAGUUCACUGCUAAUGGCUCGCUUGUUGCCACGGUGACCAGUGUCUCUGUGGACAUACGUACUCGGGAGGAGAACGGCGUGCUGCUGCGGGCCACUAACGGAGCAGAGGUCUUCUGUCUGGGUUUGCUCAACUCCUCCCUGCUGGUUAAACUACUGAGUGGCAACAGCCUGGAGCUACAGGCCUUCACCAGCGACCUGCCCAUCUCAGAUGGGGCCUGGCACCACCUCCAUUUGGCCAUGACAGACCCCCUGCAGCCUGUGUCCCGCUGGCGCCUCACCGUGGACGGGCGCAGGGCUGGCAGCACCAUGGGCACAGCCGGGCACCUCAACUUCCUCAACGACACCACCGUGUGGCUGGCAGAGAACUACACUGGCUGUCUGGGGGAGGUGAGGGUGGGAGGAGUCUACCUACCUCUGGUGGACGACCAAGAUGCCCCCCAGGCAGCCCGGUUUAUCAGACUGGGAGGGCAGGAGCACAAGAUGGGGUGUGUUGGUGCCGAUGUGUGCCAGUCCCAGCCCUGCCUCAACCAGGGCACCUGCCAGGACCUCUGGAACCUGUUCAACUGCAGCUGUGCCCCGGGCUGGGAGGGAGAGUUCUGCCAGAGGGACACAGACGAGUGUGCCUCAGGCCCCUGUGCCCACGGCACAUGCACAGACCUGCUGGCAAACUACCAGUGUGAGUGCCACAAAGGAUGGGGGGGCAGGGACUGUGAGGAGGGGGUGGAUGACUGCCUGGAGCACAGCUGUUUGAAUGGGGGCUCCUGCCUGGACGGGACGGGUACCUACCGCUGUGUCUGCCCCCCUGGAUACACCGGCCGCCGCUGCCAAUGGAGAUUCCCUCCACACCAAUGUGAUGAAGAGACGCAGUGUGACAACGGUGGGGUCUGCAUGGAUGGGAUCUGGGGAGCCAACUGCACCUGCAAACCUGGCUACACUGGGGACUGGUGUGAGGCAGAGAUAGAUGAGUGUGUGUCCCGACCCUGUCUCAACGGUGGUACCUGCCUGAACCGACUCAACGUCUUCCAGUGUGUGUGUGUGCCGGGCUUCAGCGGCACACAGUGUGAAAGCAAUAGACAGGAGCAGAAGGAACGUGUGCCCUGGCUAGUGGUGGCCAUCCCUCUGGCCAGCCUGUGUGUGCUGCUGGCCGUGCUGGCCCUGGUCUUCAUGGUGUUGACCGCCCGCAAGAAGCGCCAGUCAGAGGGCACCUACAGCCCCAGCGCCCAAGAGGUGGCAGGGGCACGGCUGGAGAUGGGCAGCGUACUCAAAGUGCCCCCCGAGGAGAGGCUCAUUUGAGCCCCGCACACAACAGAAACACACACUACCUUCGCUUGGCUACAGACGGACACCGAGCCUCUCUGGCUCAGACACACACCAGACACUGGCAAGGACUGGUCAGACUCACUAAGAGGUGUCCAGAGGGUGAAAGGUCACCAGUGGUGUGGACAUUAUGCCGUCAGAGUGGUGCCACUGCCACACUGCUGCUGCUAGGUCAUGGGGGUGGGGGUGAUUAAACCCGGAGCUAAUCCCUUUAUGGAAAUAGGUGACGUGGUCUGUCUGAGCUGCAGAGAGAGGCAGGAUAGAGGCUGAAAGAGCUGUCUUCUCCCCAAGACUUGAGCACUGCUGUCAGGUUGAGUCUAAUCAGCUAGUCCCCUCCCUGGAGCGAUGAACCAUACUGGAUUCCAGUGUCUUUCUAUACAAUAGCUACCAGUGAACAUUCUGUACCCCACAUUGAUUAUGUGUGAGUUCACUCUAAUGACCACUUUGGUAUUGUAUUUUUCUCUGGAUGUGCACUAUGUAAGUUAACAGGCAACCCACUAUACCAAUAAUGUUCUUUCCAACUCUGUGUAAAUACUGUAAUUGUCUUAUUUCUAAAUCUAUGAUAUGUGUUUUUUGUUCAUGUCAUUGUUUUGUGCAAAUGUAUGAGGCGCUCCUAAAACUCAAACUCAUAGAAAGUGGAUUGAGACCCCUUUAAUGCUAUCAGCCAUCUUAAACUCUGAUGCCACAGUAUUCAGACAGGCUACAUUUACCCAAACCUACACUCCUGUCUGUCUCUUACUCUAUGCUCACCAGUGCCACUACUUAACCAGCCAAGUGAUCAAUGGACGUUUUCACUGUCCACCAAAGGUGCUGAAGCUAGAUAUUGUGCUGUAGUUAUUUUCUGUAACUAUGGAUGUUGUACCACAUUUAUAUACUGUAACUAAGCUGAAUAUGAAGUUUAUGCAAGACCAUACUAAAGUCAAGUUAUUGAAAGAUAAUGAUUUGUUAUGAACUGACUUCCACAUUACUUUACAAAUGAGUUUGCAUGUGCCUUCCUUACAGAAUGGAUGGAAUGCUGACAAACCCAACAUUUGACUCUUGUACAUUGUACAUUGGAUAUGGUAUCUAUCUAUAUGUUGAUUUUUUUUAUGGCCCUAUCUACAAUAUGGUUGACUGGAUGGAGCAAUGUAUUGUCUCAAAGGAAAACUCACUGUGAUUAUUGUAUUGAUGUCUGUGUGUAAUGCUGUAGAGCAGUACGAUAGACAGACAGAUAGACAGAGCAUGUUUUCUGUUCCAUGUCUGUUGGGCCUCCCCCUCCCAUUCCUGCAGGGCUUGAUGAUACAGUACGAUACAGGGAGACAUGUACUGAGUAUACAUUGACAUUAGCUCUGCUCCAGUGCUGGAUUAUACAGACUACAUUCCAGGGUUGGGAUCAAUUCCGUUUUCAUUACAGUCAAUUGAAAACUGAAUUGACCCCAACCCUGGUACACUCUGGAACAGCGGAUAGACUGGACUGAUCUGUAUUUUAGUUCUGAAUAGUAUGGUAGGCACUUACACUGGACGUAUCUCUACUCAAGCUCUACCAACUACAGUGUUUGCAACAGUAAGGGAUUCUGGGUAGGCUACACUGGUAUGUAUAGGGAGUAUUCUGUGAUUAUUCUGGAAAAUGUUAUUGGAUAGCAACACUGUAACAUGAUGCAAUUGUAAAUAAUGUGAUUUAUUCAAAACUCAAACGUUUCUAUUGGAUGUCAACCGUUAAACUGAUGCAAAAGAGCUCAUAUAAAAGAAAGAUAAUUAAAACAACACCA